CAGACAACAUUUAUUUAUGACAAUUUACAUUAACAAUUAUGAAAUACACGACGAUUAAAUUGGCGAAACGUGUGUGCGGAUUAAAUAUGAUAAGUUGUGACAGAAAAAUCUAACUUUUAUUACAAAUACACAGUGCUAAGCAUUCUGCAUAAGGGGUUCCGGUGUAAAGAAUCGGGUACAAGUCACAAGAACUGCUAAAAAUAGCAACAAUAAGCACAGCAGACACAUCUGAACCAAAAACAAAAAAAUUACGAAAGUCGAAAGUGAAAGUAUUCAUUCGAGUUAAAAAAAAUUGACAAAGCCCGAGUGAAAGGUCAACGAAAUUAUCUGUCAUAGGAUUUCCGGCUGAUUGGUUGGUUUGUUGAAGAAGAUGCUGUUUUUAAGGCGGCUUUUCUCAGCGUUCGCAGAACCACUGAAUCAACCAACCGACUUCAUAGGAUGUUUACAACAAACGCCUCAAAUAUUCACCAAUGGAAGUGGGGUGGCGGCGGCUGCUGGUUUAGAGAGCUUGUCAUGGCUUUUUGAUGUGGCACCUUGUUUCCCUUUGAGGGGAGAACAGAUACAUGUGAUAAAUGAACCGAAACAUUUCUACGACACCUUGAUGCAACGUAGUGCUACAGCGAGGGAAAGAAUAGUUUUAGCAAGCCUAUACUUGGGCACUGGGCAAAUGGAAACGAAUUUUGUACAAACGUUGAGAAAGAGUUUACAACAGCAAUCGUCAUUAAGGGUCAAUGUGUUAUUGGAUUUCGCACGAGGCACUAGAGGUGAAACGAACUCAAAAACCAUGCUGCUACCGCUGGUGCAAGACUUCGGAGAACAAGUUCAGUUUAGUCUCUAUCAUACGCCCAACUUGAGAGGCAUGACUAAACGACUUGUUCCAGCUCGUUGGAAUGAAUUGCUGGGCUUGCAACAUAUGAAAGUUUAUCUUUUUGACGAUGCUGUACUAAUAUCUGGCGCCAAUCUCUCAAAUGAUUAUUUUACAAAUCGUCAAGAUCGUUAUAUACUCAUCGAGGAUAAGCCAUUGGCAGAUUUUUAUGCUGAGUUUAUAUGCCGGGUUCAAGAGUUUAGCCUAAGUGUGCAAAAAAAUUCAGAUGUUGGGUUACAUAGAAAUUGGCGGGGUGCUUUACCCUAUGAGGGAACAAAGGAAGACUUCACACGGACAGCUAAAAAGAGUAUAACAGAUUUUAUGCAACAAGUUUAUCAAAGACAACAAAAAGCCUGUAACGAAUCUAAAGAUGCCGACUCAUGGAUUUUCCCUUUAGUAGAGAUGGGUCAAAUUGGCAUUCAUCACGACAGUGUUGUUACCAAGCGUCUUUUAUCAAGCUGCAUUGAAGAUUCCAGAUUAAAACUUGCCACGGGUUAUUUUAAUUUAACACAAGAGUACAUGGAUACACUUACGCACAAAUGUUUAGCACAAUGCAGCAUUCUAAUGGCUCAUCCAAAUGCUAAUGGCUUCCAAGGCGCCAAAGGACCUGCUGGGGGUAUACCGGCCGCUUACACUCUUAUUGCUAAAAGUUUCUACGAGAGUCUUGUGAACCGCAAACAGGAGCACCGCGUAAACUUUUUUGAAUAUGAAAAACAAGGCUGGACCUAUCAUGCCAAAGGUCUCUGGUACUAUCUACCUCAAUCGAAAUUACCGAAUCUCACAUUGAUUGGUUCGUCCAAUUUCGGCGAGCGAUCAGUAAAUCGGGAUUUAGAAACACAAAUAUGCUUAGUUACUGCCAAUCAAAUGUUAAGACAAAGUCUGCAAAACGAAAACGAGCGUCUAUUUAGUCUCUCGUCUACUGCGGAAAAACAAAUAACAACACGACCGGUGCCGAGAUGGGUACAGGCUGUAGUGGGACUGUUUCGGACAUUUUUCUAAAUAGCCAUAAUAUAUCCCCUAUAUAUUUAAGCUAGAACAUUUAUGAAAUUGAGAAUUGGUAAAUGCCGAAUGCCUUAAAGGAUGCUUAAUUCGUUCCCUAAAUUAGAUUAAACAAAAAGAAAAAACAUUAAACUUAAUACCUUAUAUGCCAUAACACAAAAUUAUUUUUUAUGCGUUAUGUUUAUUAUUGAAUUAACCAUAAACCUAAAGAGAUAACUAGAUUGUUCUUGCAAUUGUUUACCUUUACAUUGUUAAUACCAAAUAUGUGUAUGUUUUUGUGAUUUAAAUACAUCAGGUCUAUUCCCA